UUUCCAAAUGGAGCUGAAUUUUGGUCAAAGGGAAGAGAAGGAUCAUUUUAUAGCUAGGCUUGUUCGACUUAAGGGGUCUUUAGCUACUAAGAGGAGACGGGCUGUUGACAACAUGGAACUGCUGUCUGACUUGCUUGAUCUACCCGAAAAGGAGGACUCUGAUGUUCAGUCACACGACACAAGUAGUUCUUCUGCUAUGCUGAAUAUCUCAGGUAUAUACACUGGUGAUGGGGAUGAAGAGCAGCCAUUGUUUGUGUGUCAGGGAUCUGCUUUUGAGGAUUUGGUUUUGGGACUGACACGUUGGUGUACGUGUGGCAUGAUUGACCGAAAGAUGAUGAGUAACAGACAGUUCGGUCACUUGAUUUGUGCUGAAUUUCAAUGUCAGUCACGCAAUUGA